AUGUGGUUGAAAACGAGGAGACCGGGUGAAUCGCCCAACUCCCGGUUCCUGUCUUCCCAUGAACUGUCCAUCGAGGCACCGCCAGUCUUCCUUUCCUGGAGGGCCCAAGGCGACAAAAGAGAAGACUUGAGUCUCGUCUCUCAUUUGCCAUUCCAGGCGGAGGAUGUGUUUAUCCUGCUUUCAUGGGGUGUCUUCCUCACCGUCGCCAUCCUUUACAUUGUUGUCACGCCCGUCCUCUACCGCGUCGACGAUGUCAUGUCCGGGAAGAGUCCUCCUUAUGCUGCGAUUGAACAGGAUGCUCUCUUUAUCAUCAAGAUCUUCUUCGCAAACACGCUGCUGUACUGGCUUACCCUUUGGGCUGUUAAGCUUUCGCUGCUGUUUCUUUAUCAGCGUCUGUUCAAAGGUCUGCAAAACCAGAUGCGAUGGUGGUGGGCAGUUCUAAUCUUCACCAUUGUGAAACUGAGUGUCGGCGCCGUGUUUUCCAUCGGUAUCAUUUGUAUUAUCAUGUCUAUUGUUCGGGUGGUUCAGGUCGGCUCCAAGGCUAAGAACGACAGCACACCAAGCAGCUCAUGGCUGGCCUUCUGGGGGAUGAUUGAAGCAGGAAUUGCUGUCGUAAUCAGUUGCCUUCCUGCUUUCGCCAUCAUAUACCGCAAGACACGAAAUUCUCGCCGUCAAUAUGGAAGUGGUUAUACUGAGAUGCCUUCAUAUGGCAAUCCGCAGGGAAUACCCUUGUCCACCACCACAAUAAGCGCAAAACAUUCUCGAUCGAGAUCUUUCGGAAAUAGCACUUUCCACGGUCACGAUACAGUUACUAAGCCUGGGAAAAUAUCUGUCACACAAACCAUUAAUAACAUCCGCCAUGCACAGAUGCAGGAUAGUUAUGUUAAAGGAAUUGCUACAUAA